AUGCAGGCACCACAUCACGCAGACAAAUCGACCGGGGCCACCCGGACCUUUUCCAUAGGUUCGGGACGAGGCCAAACCAACCCACUGGAAUUACCACUCGACCAAGUCACCACCAAUGCCAACCUCGAAGAGUAUACCCGCGAAACCGCAGCUGGGGAGAUUAUCAAACCAAUGCGCUCCUCGGCUACUGGCAAGAUGGAGGACUGGAAGCUGGUCACAUUCAAGAUCGACGACCCCGAGAACCCAAAGAACUGGUCCAAGGCCUUCAAGUGGUAUUGUACCAUGGUUGUGUCAUUCACGUGCUUCGUCGUUGCUUUUGCCAGUAGCGUUAUUACCGCCGGUCUUGAGGGCCCCAUGGAAUCUUUUGGGGUCGCUCGCGAAGUGAGUCUUGUUGUCGUGACCGUAUUUGUGAUCGGCUUUGGAGUUGGCCCGAUGGCAUUCGCUCCCAUGUCCGAAAUGUUUGGUCGUCGACCUGUCUACGCCGUGACUCUCUUACUUGCCGUGAUAUUCGUGAUUCCCUGCGCCGUGUCGAAGAACAUCGGAACCCUUAUCGUCUGUAGAGCUAUUGAUGGCAUCGCUUUCAGUGCUCCUAUGACCCUCGUUGGCGGUACCCUAGCGGACCUGUGGAAAAGCGAGGAGCGAGGUGUUCCUAUGGCCGCUUUCUCGGCGAGUCCCUUCCUCGGGCCUGCCAUUGGACCCCUUGCUGGCGGGUACCUGUUUGAUGCAUCCGGAUGGAGAUGGCUAUAUUGGCUGCAGUUGAUCCUUGCCUUCGUCGCUUGGGUUCUCAUCACGUUCACGGUCCCGGAAACCUACGGCCCGACGAUCUUGAAGAAACGUGCCCAGAAGCUCAGGAAAACAGAGAAUGACCCAAAAUACGUGACGGAGACCGAAAUCGACCCUUUGCCUAUCGGGCAGAAACUACGGAUUGUUCUGUUUCGGCCAUUCCAGCUCCUGUUCUUGGAACCUAUCGUUCUGUUCAUCGCUAUUUACAUGUCCGUCCUGUACGGUCUGCUGUACAUGUUCUUCGUCGCCUACCCCAUCGUCUACCAGUCUGGCAAAGAAUGGAGCGCCGGCUCUACAGGCCUCAUGUUCAUCCCUCUCGCCAUCGGUGUCCUCAUGAGCGCCGCCUGCGCCCCUUUAGUUAACAAACACUACCUGGGCAUCUACGAGCAGUAUAAUGGCAAACCGCCCGCCGAGAAGCGCUUGAUUCCGAUGAUGCUUUCCUGCUGGCUGAUCCCUAUUGGACUGUUCAUUUUCGCCUGGACAUCCUACCCGCGCCUCCACUGGAUCGGACCCGCCAUCGGUGGCUGGCCUGUCGGAUUCGGGUUCAUUUUCUUGUAUAACUCUGCGAACAACUACUUAGUGGAUACGUACCAACAUCAAGCUGCUUCCGCCCUUGCAGCCAAAACCUUCCUUCGCUCCAUGUGGGGUGCGUCUACGGUUCUAUUCACUGAGCAGAUGUACGAAAGAUUGGGAUACCAAUGGGCCAGCUCGUUGCUUGCGUUCAUUGCGCUGGCUUGCUGUGCGAUUCCCUUCGUUUUCUACUUCAAGGGUGAAUCGAUCCGCCGCUUCUCGAAGUUCGCGUUCAGUGAUGACGAGGAGAAGGGGGGGAAGGCUUAG